AUGUCGAAUCACAACCAAGGUAUGAGUAAUAAAAGCCAGGAUAACUCAAUUGUUGUGCCCACUACGGGAGGUAAAAACAAUCCAAAGCAUAUUCAUGUUGCUCACAGGAGAUCGCAAAGUGAAUUAACCAAUCUCAUGAUUGAACAGUUUACCUUGCAAAAGCAGCUCGAAAUGGUUCAAGCACAGCAACAGCAACUAUUGGCACAACAGCAACAGUUAGCACAUCAAACUGGACAAAUGUUCGCCAAUAAUCAACCAAGUGCUAAUAACAGUCCAAUUAAUCCCAAUUUUUUACCACCACAUCCACAUUAUAAUAACAAUAACUCUACAAAUAAUCCAUCUGGUUAUAGAAGCAGAUCCCAUUCAAGAAAUAAUUCUGGGUAUUACGAUAAUAAUAUGAGUAAUAGUGGUAAUGCUAACAACAACAAUUCGAACAACUCUUAUACUCAUAAAAAAACAGGAUCGCAAUCCAGCGGAUUCGGUCAUGCUAGAAGACAUUCAUUAGGUUUAAAUGAAGCAAAGAGGGCAGCUGCAGAAGAGCAGGCCAAAAGAGUUGCUGGUGGUAUUACUGUCAGAGUAGAAAAUGUAUCGUCUCCGCUAUCGAGUAGUGAAAGUAAAGGGGAUUCUGAAGGAUUUUCUGAACCGCAAUCAAAUUUUAAAUUUCCAGCCUCCACUUCAAAUCAACAAGGACAUCGUCGCACUAAUUCAACAAAUAACUCGGGUGCUUUUAAGUUUCCUCCUACUCCGCAGACUCAAUUAAAUCAAAAGGAGAAUGACAAUGACGAUUUCAUACAAGUACCUUCCGGUCAUCGUCGUUCCAGAUCGAAGAAUACUGAGUUUUCGUCGGGCAUUAACUCAAAUUGGAGAAAUCAAUCGCAAACGCAAAACCAGUCAUCUCCAUUCCGUCAUAAGUCUUCUAAUUCAAGAGAUUUUAAUUAUAAUUCAUUUACAAAUUUAGAGCCACCACCAGUUUUUCAAGCAGGUCAUAAACAUCGUUCAUCUAACUCGUCAGUGCAUAGUUUUAAUUCCUCGAAUAACAAUAAUGUUAACAAUCCAAAUGCCAGAAAGUCUUUGUUUGCCCCUUACUUGCCCCAAGCAAAUAUUCCAGAAUUAGUACAAGAAGGAAGAUUAGUGGCAGGUAUUUUACGUGUUAAUAAAAAAAACAGGUCAGACGCUUGGGUAUCCACUGAAGGUGUUCUCGAUGCAGAUAUCUACAUUUGUGGUUCGAAAGAUCGUAAUAGAGCUUUAGAAGGAGACUUGGUUGCCGUUGAAUUAUUAGUCGUCGAUGAUGUUUGGGAUUCAAAAAAGGAGAAAGAAGAGAAGAAACGUAGAAAGGAUGCCUCAAAUCAGACUGAUAUCAUUUCUUUGAACAGCAGUGAUGAUUAUCACAACGACGCAAGUGCGACGGCAAACUUAACUGCAGGCAUGCCAUCUUCGACUACUGAUGAUGAGGAGCAAGCACCAUCAAGUUCCAAUGAAAACGCGGAGCAUUCUCCAUCCAAGGUUGGCGUUAGAAGAAAAAACUCAUUGAAACAGCGUCCAACUCAGAAAAAGAACGAUGACGUGGAGGUAGAAGGCCAAUCACUAUUACUUGUUGAAGAGGAGGAAAUUAACGACGAUUUCAAACCUUUAUAUGCCGGUCAUGUGAUUGCAGUUUUAGACCGUAUUCCUGGACAGUUGUUUAGUGGCACAUUAGGUUUGCUAAGACCUUCUCAACAAGCUCAUAACGAUAAUAAUAAACCUCAGCAAGUACCUAAAAUUGUUUGGUUCAAACCCACCGAUAAAAAAGUUCCAUUGAUUGCAAUACCCACUGAAUUGGCUCCAAAGGAUUUUGUUGAAAACGCGGAUAAAUACUCUGAUAAACUUUUUGUUGCCUCUAUUAAACGUUGGCCCAUUACAUCAUUGCAUCCUUUUGGUAUUUUGGUUUCAGAGUUAGGCGAAAUCAAUGAUCCGAAUACUGAAAUUGACUCAAUUUUGAGGGAUAAUAACUUUUUGUCGAAUGAGUAUUUGGAUCCUAAAGAUCCAACUGUUGAAAAGGCAGUGUUUCAAGCACUUCCUUUAUCUGAAGAUAAUGUGAAAUCCAGAAGACAAUUUGUUAAUAAAGAGGAAUAUGAAAUAAUUGCAAUAGGUGAAACUAUGAAUUUAAGUGAACUUGCUUUGCAUAUCAAAAAGCAACCUAACGGUACAAUAGAGUUAGGUUGUCAUGUACUUGACGUAACUGCUCAUGUUGAGGGAGAUUCAUCUCUUGAUAGAAGAGCAAGAAAGAGAUCUACCAGUGUAUUUAUGCCACAGAAAUCAGUGGACUUACUUCCACAGGCCUUGAACAAAUCUUUAACUCUAGAAAAAGAUAAGGCUUCAGCAACGAUUUCAAUUGUUUAUACUUUGGAUGUAAAUACCUUCAAAGUGAAAUCAACCUGGGUCGGAGAAUCUAUCGUGAGGCCCUCUAGCUUAAUUACUAUUGAUGAAGUGACUGCAAGAUGCAAUAGCCGUAAUUUAGAUUCAUUCUUGAUCACGCUAAAAAAAGUUGCAACUGCUUUUUAUGCGGAAAGAUUAAACUAUCCAGAAGCUACCUUAGAUUCCACUUUGUCGCUAUUUGAAAGUCUCGAUGAUGAAAAAGUAACUGUUGAUUUGAACAUAUUAGACAGAUCAAUUGGCUCAGCAAUAAUGCGUGAAAUUUCUCUUAAAUUAGAAAGGUCGGUUGCCGAAAAGAUUUAUACGAAACAUGGAGAUUUGGCUUUCUUGAGAAGACAAGCUCAACCUAUCCAUACAAAAAUGACAUCUUUCAAGAAGAAGCUUCAAAAAUUCGGAUACGACGUUGAUAUAAGUUCCCCAGAUGCAUUAAUACAGUCGAUUUUGAAAAUCAAGGAUGAUGAUGUCAGAAGGGGCGUAGAGAUACUACUAUACAAAUCCAUGUCAAGAGCAAGGUAUUUUAUUGCUGGUAAAGUCGAUCCCGAUCAAUUUGGUCAUUUUGCAUUAAAUUUGCCUCUAUAUACUCACUUUAGUGCACCAUUGAGGAGAUAUGCUGAUCAUGUAGUGCACAGGCAAUUGAAAGCUGUUAUCAAUGAUCAGCCAUAUAAUGAGGAUUUAGAAUCUCUGAAGAUUACCUCCGAAUAUUGCAACUUCAGAAAAGAUUGUUCCUUCGAAGCUCAAGAGCAAGCUAUUCAUUUGUUGCUUUGUAAGACAAUCAACGAUAUGGGCAAUGCUACUGGCCAACUCUUGACCAUGGCAACUGUUUUGCAGGUCUACGAAUCUUCUUUCGAUGUUUUCAUCCCUGAAUUUGGAAUCGAGAAAAGAGUUCAUGGAGACCAACUGCCAUUAAUUAAAGCUGAGUAUGAUCCAUCUAAUAGAGUUCUAGAAUUACAUUGGCAGCCUGGUGUUGACAGCGCGACUUUUGUUCCUGCUGAUGAAAGAAAUCCCAAAUCAUAUAGGACCUCAAUCAGGAAUAAAUUUAGGUCAACAACGGCAGAAAUUUCAUCGACUGAAUUUCAGAAAUCUAACAAUAAUGAACCAAUUAUCAGCGAAAAGCUUGCCCAAGAACUUUCAAAUUUACAUCUCAACGUUCCUCAACUAAGACUACCAGAAAUGAACAAAGACAGCGAUCCUCUGGGAAGCAUUAUCGAUACCACAAUUACAAGUCAAAAAAAUGACAUGUUCAUCCAAGAGAUUCAUGAAUUGCAAAAAGUGCCUAUACUUUUAAGAGCUGAAGUCGGGAUGGCAUUGCCAUGUUUGUCUGUAAGAGCUGUGAAUCCUUUUCUUAAGAGAGAAUAG